ACACGUACACAAAGAAAGCAAUCAUCUGGCAAACAGAUGUGAUUUCUUUAUUUUAAAGCCCGGUAAAAGACGUGAUAAGGACACCUCAAUACAGCAGGAGGCAGUGAAUCACAGAGGAACAGAAUACAUUAAAAGGAGCCUUUAGUGCUUAUGAGAAAUGAGAAUGGGGGCAAUCGCUUUCUUGUCAUUUUUAACACAAGGUGGUUUUUCCGCUUCAUUGUCCUAAUAGUUGGAAUUUUCCUUUCAUAUUUGUAAGUGGACAGGGGAGGAGUUUCAUCUUUCUUCAAAUAAGAAAAGGAAGUAUAGAAUUGAAUGUAAACGUGUUGUGGGGGAAUGCUACUUGUCUUCCGUUCAACCUGUUUAAAGAGGUAAUUUAAGUGAUUUUCUAGCAUGGACACUGUUGCUAGCCAUAGUUGUCAUCUUCUCCAGCAGCUACAUGAACAGCGCAUUCAGGGACUUCUCUGUGAUUGCAUGCUGGUGGUAAAAGGUGUCUGCUUCAAAGCACACAAAAAUGUAUUAGCUGCUUUCAGUCAAUAUUUCAGGACCCUUUUCCAGAAUUCUUCAGGCCAGAAGAAUGAUGUCUUUCACUUGGACAUUAAAAAUGUAGGUGGCAUAGGCCAGAUCUUGGACUUCAUGUACACCUCUCACCUGGAUCUUAGCCAGGACAAUGUACAAGCUAUGUUGGAUAUUGCACAGUGUCUCCAAGUGCAAAAUGUGCUGAACAUUUGCCACACCUUUUUAAAAUCUUCUACAGCUGUAGAGCAAACAGCCAGCAUGCCUUGUAAUAGCGUAUUUUCGCUGCAGAAUACUUUGACUGCAGAUACUAGCUGUACCAAUGACAGUUAUGGAACAAACCUAUUGCAUGAAUGCUCAUCUGACACACAAGCAAAUAAAGGCUUGGCUGACCACCAUCCUCAUGCAUCACAGUCUGUUAAUCUUCACACACCCUCAGGUGAUGUACAGAAACAACCACAAGACUCCUUAGAUGGCAGCUGCACAGAGCUUCCAUUUAAACAACCAAAUUACUAUUACAAACUACGCAACUUUUACAGUAAACAGUUCUAUAAGCAAAAUGCUUGCUCUAAUCAUGAGAGAGGAGCAGAACAAUCCUUUUCUUACAACACAUCUACAGAAAUAAACACAGUAGAGAAUAAUUCUUGUACUGUCAAUCACUCUGAGUGUGUUCUGGAAACCUCUGAUCAUUUACCAUCAAACUUUCUGGUUCAGUCCAUGAAUGAAGCUGCUCCAGACCAAGAUGCAGAAAGCACGCUUACGCAGCCCACCAAACAGAUGCGGCUGAAAAAAGCGAUACACCUCAAAAAGUUAAACUUUUUAAGAUCUCAGAAGCCUGCAGAGCAGCAGCCUGAGCCUAAAACAGAUGACAGUAGAAUAGCAGGAGUAACUGAAUCUGUAAAUGAAGGUACUGUGGACAUGAAUGCUAAAGUUACUGAUGAGAAAGAAGCUGAAGAUUUAGUGAAUUCUGAGAAUUUUGAACAAACUGUUGAAAUUGAAAGAUCUCAAGGUCCUUUGGAACAAGAAGGGCAAUCACAGACUCUUCAGUCACAGAGGCAAUAUACUUGCGAAUUAUGUGGGAAGGCUUUCAAACAUCCAAGCAACUUGGAGCUCCAUAAAAGGUCUCAUACAGGUGAGAAACCUUUUGAAUGUAACAUUUGUGGGAAACACUUCUCACAGGCAGGUAAUCUCCAGACACAUUUACGUCGACAUUCUGGUGAAAAGCCAUACAUUUGCGAAAUCUGUGGGAAAAGAUUUGCUGCUUCUGGUGAUGUUCAGCGUCAUAUUAUUAUUCAUUCUGGAGAAAAGCCUCAUCUGUGUGAUAUCUGUGGCAGAGGAUUCAGUAACUUCAGUAAUUUAAAGGAGCACAAAAAGACCCAUACAGCAGAUAAAGUAUUCACCUGUGAUGAAUGUGGGAAGUCAUUCAACAUGCAACGAAAAUUAGUAAAGCACAGAAUUAGGCAUACCGGAGAAAGACCAUACAGCUGUUCAGCAUGUGGGAAAUGUUUUGCAGGCUCUGGAGACCUGCGUAGACAUGUGAGGACUCAUACAGGAGAAAAACCCUAUACCUGUGAAACUUGUAACAAAUGCUUCACUCGCUCUGCUGUUCUACGGCGGCACAAGAAAAUGCAUUGUAAAGCCACUGAGGAAGGUCCACACACACUAGAGGAAUUUACUCAAGGGAUUGAAACUUCUGACCUUGAGAAGUCUCAGAGUUCUGACUCUUUUGGCCAAGAAAUGUCUGUUACAUUGUUACCAGUGUCUGUUAAAUUUCCCAUUCGUCCAGCUGCAAAUUCAACUGAAUUUGAUAGUUCUGCAGAUUCUUACUGUAAGUUGCGAUCAAUGAUUCAACACCACGACUCAGCAAACCAACAAAAACUGAAUGUGGAUUCUGCUAAACUCCCAAAAGCUCAGACACAACAAACUCCACCGCCACCACCAUAUGCUUAUGCAGAUGUAGAUGUAUCUUCUGCAGAAGAACCCUUACAGUCUGAUAAUAUUCCCAUGAUUCGUUCCUCUAUGGUUAGCUUGGACAGUCAUUGUAAUGAUCCACUAGGCAGUCGAACAUCUGCCGCAUACAAGAAUAAUGAAGGUCCUUUCUUCUCUAGCAUGACCCUCUGGGGUUUAGCUAUGAAGACCUUGCAGAAUGAAAGCGAAUUGGAACAAUGAGGGCUCAGGUGACUGUAUCAAAACUUCUUAGAGGCGUUUUUUGCAAGUGAUUGCAAUUGCACUGCAGCAUACAGAGCUCAGAGCUAGUUUUAAAGCCAGCUAGCUUGGAAUACUGGUAGAAAUCAAGAUACGCAUGCCCAGAACCCAGUGUAGGCUGCCUUUACGCUGCUUCUCAGCAAAGUUCAUAUCUAGUUUUGGGGACCUUUGUUGUUCUGUGUCUGCACUGUGUAGCUCGUGUUGUUGCCAUGAUUUACUAAAAUUUGCCAUUUACUUAAUUACCAUUAACUUGGUAUUUUUUACCUGAUAAGGGAGGAAAGGAUGGCUCAAUGCCUAAUUUCAUUAUAUGGGUGCAGUUCCAAGUAUGGGUCAUCAGAGUUGUGUAAGGAUGUAGAUAUGAGAAGAGGAAAAUACUUAACAAAUCCCUAGUGAACCUGAGUUUCAGUAGUGGCUUUCUUACCAGUAGGAUCAUUGGUUUACAUGACUUGAGUAUUGUGAUAUUAAAUUUAAAUGUUAAAUACUGAACAAUAUUUGUGAUAGUGCAAAGUAACUGUAUAUCUAGAAACUUUAUUUUUUUACAAUAAAAGCUUUUUUUAGUAUUUUAUAAACUAUUUUGCACAGCAGAUUAUUUGUACAAUGAAGACCAAGAUCAGGAAAUAUGAAUAAAGGGAAGUUGUUUUACAUUGUAUUUUAGUUGCUCAAUGUGUUUCAUCUUUGUAUGACAGAGUUUCAGUAACAUAUUUACAUUUAUUCCAGGUAUCUUUACAAUGCUAAUGGGGAUACCACUGCAAGAAGGAGCUGCUCUGUAAACUAAAUGCAAUCAAUAGACUGGUAGAUUGUCUUGCAUUUCAGUGAAUUAGUGUAAAGCACUGGUUAAUUAAUAGAAUGAGUAGACUGUUACAGGUUAGAAACUUUGCUUAGAGGCCAUUUUCUGCUUUGAUGCUUUGAAUGAUUGCAUUCAUUUUCAGUAUAGAUCUGUUGCUGCAUUUCAAAUUGCUUGCUAUAUCACUUGAGUUCUACAGGCUUAACUUCUUCAAACCCAUCAAAAAGUUUUAGCAAUGUGUUGUCAAGCCUUAUGCUAAAACAUUCCUUUAGAUACUGUAGUUUCUGAAAUGAAAAUAUCUGUAUACUAACUUUUUUCCUGAAGUUCAUUCACAGGCUGGAAAGUCUGUCUGAAGUACAAAUUUCCUAUAAGGACUCUCAAUGUUUGUAGGCUGAGAAGCAGAUUUCUUGUUCGGCAACAGCUAACAGUGUUCGGCAACAGCUAACAAGAUUUGGUAUCACUGCUGUUUUAAUAACACUGCAGUUCCUCUGCUGAAAAAUAUUGUAUUUGUGUAAAACCAAUAGCUAGAACUGUCUAGUAAUUAAUAUGUAAUGUUACAUUUUCCUGCUAUUAGAAAAUACGUUAUUACUUGUAUCCCACUAAAGCACAAAGAUUCAAAUCUUUUAUGAUUGGUUCUUUGUAGAACAAGAAUGAGUUUUGCUACAACAGGAAUGUAGACCACAGGUGACUUCUAGUCCCCUUUUUGCAUUGUGUGGAGGUUCAGAGCCUAGAAAAUACAGU